AUCGUACCAGAAACAAAUUUUCCAUCAUCGUACCGAGGAAGAAAUUUUCCAACACCCAGAAACAAUGUUCUGUUUCAUGUUGAAAUAAAAAAAAAAAAAACAAACUUUUUUCCAUUUCUGAACCGGGUUUUUUUCCUUCUGUCAAUGGGCAAUGUCACGGGACCGGUGGCUGCGAAAUUCGCGUUUUUCCCGCCGGAGCCACCGACGUACGAAGUUAUCAAGAACAACGACGGUGUCAUGGUGUUUUCCGGUUCCAAUGAUAAAAGCGUUGACGUUCAUAUUCUAGAUACCAAAGUUGGUAACAAGAUUGUUGCGACAUUCUGGAAACACCCUUUUGCGAGGUUUACUUUGUUGUACUCUCAUGGUAAUGCUGCUGAUUUGGGUCAGAUGGUUGAUCUCUUCAUUGAGCUUAGAGCUCAUCUUCGUGUCAAUAUCAUAAGCUAUGAUUAUUCUGGAUAUGGACGUUCCACAGGUAAGCCGUCUGAGUUCAAUACAUAUUACGACAUAGAGGCUGUAUUUGAUUUGUUGAAGAAUGGAUAUGGAUUUAAGCAAGAAGAUUUGAUUUUGUAUGGUCAAUCGGUUGGAAGUGGACCGACACUACACUUGGCUUCCAAGUUACCGAAAUUGAGAGGUGUUGUACUUCACAGUGCUAUUCUUUCAGGAUUAAGAGUCUUGUAUCCUGUCAAAGUUACAUUUUGGUUUGACAUAUUUAAAAAUAUAGACAAAAUUCGGUAUGUAAACUGUCCGGUGUUCGUUAUACAUGGAACAGAAGAUGAAAUUGUCGACUGUUCUCACGGAAAGCGAUUGUGGGAACUCUCGAAGCAAAAAUACAAUCCGUUGUGGGUUAAAGGUGGAGGCCAUUGCAACCUUGAAACUUUCCCCGAGUACAUCAGGUACUUACGCAAGUUUAUUAACGCGAUGGAGAAAAUCUCACUCACUUGCCAGUCAAGCAAACAAGUCCCUCAAAGUCCUAGUAUUACUGAAACCAAACAUAACAAAUGCUUAGGAUUUGUUAAAAAAUAGGUUAAUCUUGUGAAGGUUUUGCAGCCAAUGAGUUUAUCAGAAAAAUUGAUGGGGGGUUUCGAUCCAAGUUCUGUUGAGAUAGUGAUAGCUUUAUUUAGGUGUAGAACUCCUCAAUGGUGUUUUGUUUGCCUGGUUAAUUAUAAUUUAUAGUGUACAUGGUUCAGAAUUAUGGUAAAGUUGUUUUUGCUUAUGUAUAGAUGUAAAUUGGAUCAUUGCAUAACUACAUGGACUAAUUAAUUUACUGCAUGUCCAAGCUUAGGUUUCAUGUUU